AUGGAAAUAGACCUGCUAUCCUCCCACCUCGAGCAAGCCGACUCUACCGUAUACGAUAUAAUUCAAAAGGAGAAAAGACGGCAGAAGCACUUUAUCAACCUGAUCCCAUCCGAAAACUUCACGAGCCAAGCAGUGCUCGACGCGCUUGGGAGUGUUAUGCAAAAUAAGUACUCUGAGGGAUACCCUGGAGCACGAUACUAUGGAGGCAAUGAGUUCAUCGAUCAAGCGGAGACGCUAUGUCAAGAGCGAGCAUUGCAGACCUUCAGGCUGAACAACGACUCAUGGGGAGUCAACGUACAACCACUCUCCGGAUCGCCUGCCAAUCUCUACGCAUACUCGGCCGUUCUUAACGCACACGACCGUAUCAUGGGUCUUGACCUCCCUCAUGGCGGCCAUCUAUCGCACGGCUACCAGAUUCCCAACAAGAAGAUCUCCAUGAUCUCGAAGUAUUUCGAAACCUUGCCAUAUCGAUUAGACGAGACGUCUGGCCUCAUCGACUACGAUCGCUUGGAAGAGAUGGCAUUGCUUUACCGACCGAAGAUCAUAAUUGCAGGAACAAGCGCAUAUAGUCGAUUGAUCGACUACGAUCGGUUUAGAAAGAUCGCAGACAAGGUGGGCAACUGCUACCUGCUCGCAGACAUGGCACACAUUUCUGGUCUUGUAGCUGCAGGCGUAGUUCCGUCGCCAUUCGAAUAUGCAGACAUUGUUACAACGACUACCCACAAGAGCUUGAGAGGACCGCGAGGAGCUAUGAUCUUCUUCCGCAAGGGCGUGCGAAGUGUCGACAAGAAGGGUAAAGAGGAGCUCUAUGACUUGGAGAACCCGAUCAACGCUUCCGUGUUCCCAGGACACCAAGGAGGACCGCAUAAUCACACCAUCACCGCGCUCGCAGUAGCACUUCACCAAGCACAACAGCCAGAAUUCAAGGAGUAUCAGCAACAGGUUCUCGAGAACGCGAAAGCGCUAGCAGGACGUCUUGGUGAUGCGAAAGAGUCAGGUGGACUUGGAUACAACAUCGUCUCUGGAGGCACAGAUAAUCAUCUUGUGCUUGUGGAUCUAAAGGACAAGGGUAUCGACGGCGCGCGGGUAGAGCGUGUAUUGGAACUGGUCGGCGUUGCCGCAAACAAGAACACAGUACCUGGUGAUAAGUCCGCCCUGAAGCCGGGUGGCCUUCGCAUGGGAACUCCGGCCAUGACAACGCGAAACUUUCAGCGCGACGACUUCAAGCGUGUGGCAGAUAUCGUCCAUAGAGCGGUCAAUAUCACAAAGACGCUCGAUGUCAAGGCGAAGGAGGCGGCUGAGAAGAGUGGGCGCAAGAACCCAGGCAGCGUGAACGCCUUCCGAGAAUACGUGAAGAACGGUGAAGAAGUUGUUGAAAUCGUCGAGCUCAGACAAGAAGUCGAGGCAUGGGUCGGCACUUUUGCACUGCCUUGGUCUGACACCGAGAUGGCGCCAUAGUAGGCGAUCAAGGAGUUUUUGCAUGGGUAAUCAAAAGAGCAUUGAGUGGCGUUUGCAAGGAAGCACUGUGCUCUUAGCGACUGGUUUGUAUAUACCUAUUCUUCAACACGGGUGCGCCGUUCGAGGCAGCUGAAAUGCUCACGAUACGCCAUUAGCAUUCAAAACAGCAACGUAGAUCCACGGCUAAUAGCCUCGGGGCCUGACAAUGCUUGCAGGGUUAGAAAGAAUGCCAUCUGCUACUG